AUGCCGCCACAGGGCAAUAAAUUAGAGUCAUCUAAUCAAUAUAUAAGGAACAUAUUCCUUAAAAUUUCAACAAAUUCUGGGAAUUACAAGGAAAUUAAAUCUACUUCACAGCAUCACACAACUCCAAGUAGAAAGAAAACUUUACCGAUAGUUGCUUCUGUAUUACUCCUUCUAGUAUCAUUUUUUACUUUUGCUAUAUUGGGAAAUAUGUCACUUAGUCCAUGGGGUAUUCAUUAUGGUAAUAAUACUCUUGUCACUCCAAAUUAUACCGUGGAAUCACUCACAAGAGAUGUGCAAGUAAAGAAUAUUCAUUCUCAUAACGAUUAUUGGAGAUCUGAACCAUUUUUUGAAGCUCUAACAUUUGGAGUAAUUAGUAUUGAAGCUGAUGUAUGGCACUUCCCAUCUGGAUUAGAAAUUGAAACUUAUACCGAGAGUACAAAUUCAUCUUCCAAAGAUAUAAAAUCAUUCUCCAAUGAAGAAAUAUAUGUUGGACAUUCACUGGUUUAUUUGCAACCCAAGAGAACUCUUAACAAUCUCUAUUUGGAUCCAAUUUAUAACUUAUUGAAAGAUUCGAAUCCAAAACUAACGUAUGAAAACCACUCAAGUGCCUCCUUUCAAGGAGAACCUCCAUUACAUGGGGUAUUCUAUGACUUCCCAGACCAAACUUUAUACCUUUGGUUUGACAUUAAAACUGCAAGCAAUGAUACUUAUAAUGGAUUGAAACCAUUACUUAAAAGAUUCAUUGAUAAUAAUUGGCUUACUAGCUAUGAUACUUCAACUAAGAAGUUAAGUCCUGGUCCAGUUACAAUUACUUUGACCGGUAAUCUUCCUACAGAAUUAGUUUCAAGUGAAGAAAUUCGAUAUGUUUUCCUUGAUGCACCUUUGCUCAAUUUUAAUCUGACUUCAAAUGGAAAGGCUGAUUUAAAUAGCACUGCAUUAUUAUCCCAAGUUGCUUCAGGCUCUCUUCAAUCUAUUCUUGGUGAUGAAUCAUAUAAGGAGGCACUUCGAUCUGAUUUCUCUCCAGAUCAAUUGGCAAAGAUAAAGGAUCAUGUAGACACAGCACACAAGUACAAUUUGAAAACAAGAAUUUGGGGCGGUGUGACUUGGCCAAAUUAUGUUAAAUUAGCUCAAAACAAAGGAUAUUACCUGAUCGGUGUCGAUCUACUCAAUACUGAUGAUAUCGCUCAGUUUGCAAAUUCUUUUUAA